AUGGAUGAUAUAGUCACGGAAUCAGUGCCGCAUGAGAAAGGCACUGAUGGCCCUACACAAGUCAGCGAGGAAUAUAGAUACAGCUCUUCGUCCACAUCACAACCCGGAUCGAGAGGCAGCUCUGGAGACACUGAGUACGGAGAAGGAGAGAUAGAAGACUUCCCUUACGACGAUGAAUUUGAUGAUGAAGACAAGUCUUUUGUUAGUGACCUGCGAGGAGGCGGGAAAGGGAUCCGGUCAGCACGCACUUCGAUCUCGUCUCUACCUGGAUCGGUUGUCGUAUUCCCCAAUAGCAAACCACAGGGGAAUGGACAGCUCUCACGAGGAGAUUAUCGGCAAAACAUCAAUAUCAAUGCUCUUGACAAGAGUCCCAUGUUCGAAAGCCCGUUUGUCGGCGGCAAGGUUCGCUCCAAGAAGAAGGUAGCCAAAGACGGGCGGUACAGCUAUGCACCGCAGGUGAGAGAUAUGGACUCACCGUUCCGCCAUCCAAGCUCCGUACGGGCUAUGCAGAUGGGGGAUGAAGACUACUAUGAUGACGGGUGUAUGGAUGACGGGAACUACUUCUCGUCCCCACCGUCAAGGAAUGGUCGGAUGAGCGGCCGUCAACAUGGGUCCCCAAGGAUGUCAGAUGUUUCGUUCCGAUCAAGCCCUAUGUCUCCAUCUGAACAACAGUCAUACCAUGCCAGUCCACCCCAGCAAAUCCAGCCAAGCAAGGAGUAUGCACUUGUGCUGCUUCAUUGUACUUUACUCCCGCCCUGUUUCCCUCUCUCACUACCCCCUGGAUUUCCCCCGCCUAGCAAGGAACUGCUUAGAGAGAUAUUGCCUGACGCUUACUGGACUAGAUGGAAAUUACUGGAAGAGAAGAUCGGUUCUACCGGUAUUUUACGGGACAGAGGGAUACUGAUAUCCCAUCCCCAGGAGGCAUAUGACUUGCUUGAGGAGCGUUUAUUGGAGACCAUGGGUUUGACUCGUCCAAGGCUUGCAUAUGGUCAUUUCAUCGGAGGGGGGGAUGAUACCGAUGAGGACGAGCAUACCACUGAAGAUGAAGAUGAAAAGUAUGAUACCGAAACCGGCUGUGUGAAGCAUAAAUGCCAGGAUUGCGGCCAGAGAGUCAUCAACAAUCGGGAUGGAGUAGAGAAAAAAUGGGAGGUCAGAGUUUAUGCCGCAAACGGACUUAUGGGACAGGGAGCCUGGUCAGCUGCUUGGAAAGAGAUGGAAAAAGUCGAUGUGGAAGUUGGUUUGUGUCUGCCGACCAAGCUGAGAAACGAGUUGGAACAGAGGCUUACCCAGGAUAUGUUGAAGCCAGGAGAGGUCAAGGCGAAAGGUUCUUCUCAUCCAACAACCACAGAAAGUAAGAGCCCUUUGGCACGUCCUCAAUCACAAAUUGAUGGGUUGGAUGAACCACUACAAGCUGAGACAGCGGUUAAACCACCGACUUGCAAGAGAACGAGGACUGCAUCUAUUCCGGCAUCAGCACACCACGCUGGGGAAGAUAUCAACCUAUUGAAAGCACUAUAUAAUUACAUACGAAUAGUGUGUCGAGGCAAUCAGCUCCCAAUAUUGACGAUUUUCCUUGUUCUGCUUGCUCUUCUGAUUCCUUCACCCUACAGCUUCUUUGGACGCUCGUCCAGAAAUAUUACCACUCCGCAGCUGAACACCAUCUCCUUGGAUACUGUUUCCAUGGAUCAGACUUCCAUUAUACCCGUCCCAACCAGCCAGGCAAAAGCAGUGUCUCAGCCCCCAGCUAGCUCGGUAGAGAUCGUACAAAGCUCAGUGCCAGUAGUACAAGAGUCUUCAAUGGCACCGUAUUCUAUGGCCAGCUCUCCAGAACCCGUACCAACCCAGCUCGUUUCUUCUGACUCGUAUCCUAGUCCACGCGAGGAGCAAAAAGUAUCACCAGAAUCGGAUUUUUCUCUUGACGAGGAGCCUUCGCCCGAGACAAUCGCUUCGUCGCGACCAAAGCUUCCAGUAUCAGGAAAUAAACAAUCUAUUGAUACCACAAUGCCCACACAGCCUGAAGAGCCGGCUUUGUCGGCUCCUCCACCAGAUUACUCAACGCAACAGGAUCAGCAGCUAUCUCCUUCACUCUCACCAAGUUCCUCCUUCAAUGCAGCUUUAUCCGGCUCCUCUGACUUACCACCUGUUGAAAGCGGGGAACAGUCUGCAGAAAUACCAGAGGUUUUACACCAUUCAGUGUCUCAGAGUCAUGCAGUUAUUUACACCGAUGUUUCUGCUCCUGAGGCCGAAAUUAUAAGCGAGGAGGUACAUGAACCCAAACCAGCGCCGCCACAAUCUACACCUUGUCCAACCUCCGCCGCUAUGGGAAAGGGGAAUGAAUUGCCGUCCCAAUUGAGUGCCCAGGAACAAGUUGCCAGGGCCUUUGGUACAGAUUCAAAACCUUCUAUGGAUAAGGAUGGCCAAUGA